AUGUCAGCACAAACAUCUACUCCAAUUGGAAAUCAAUCGAAACAGGAUCAACCUUUACAAAAUCCAUUCACUGAUGAUUCUCGUUCUAUAGCCAGUUUCACCUCACCAAGAAGAAGUCCACUUAUUGAUAACUCGGUUGGUAAACUGGAUCAACUACUGAAUAACCUGAGCCAUCUGUACUCAAGAUCAACCGAUAUACUACUUCAACAAUCACAUGAAAUGACUCAAGAUUCAUUGAAACGACUUGAAGUUGAAUCAACAUCUAGCGAAUCAUUAAGUGCAGCAGCAAUAGCUCAAUAUCCGUAUUAUAACUUAGAUGAUGUAAUGGCAUCACCAAGUUCGUAUAGUCAAAGCCCAAGUGGAAAUCAACAUAGUGGUAGUGGAUCAAAGAAAUAUACACCGAAAUCAAGUCCCAAUAAACAACCUCAACUUCAACAGUUCCAACAACAUAGUAGCUCCGGAUCAGGAUCAGGAUCAAGAGGAAGAUACGAGCAAAUUAGUCAUGAUGGUGUGCCUUUAAGUCCUAUUGAUGAUGACGCUUUCAAUCAAGUGCCUAAACGAUUCUCCCAAUUUAUUAUCGAUCAACAAAAUCCUCAUAUUUCUCAACGUUUGGAUAACUUGUCGAUGAUUUCAUCAAACUUGAAAUCAGAUCACAUGGGCAAUAAGGGACAAGAUGAAGAUAAAAGUGGGGAUUCACGUGAGACGAUGUUGAGUCGGGACCAAAACAAUAUAACUUCUUCUACAACGGAAUCACAUCGAUCAAAUAACAAUAUCAGUGCUGAUCACAAUGAUAUUCAAUCUGUAUUGGUAUCCACUAGGGAUGACAUAUCUGAAUCAAUGGGUUCACAAGCAACGAUAUUUUCAACUAGACAAGAACCAGAAGCAUUAUUGAUUAAUCGCCGAGUAGGAAGGAUCAACACUGGUUUGAACAAGACGAAAUCACUAUUUAACAAGAACAAAAGCAAGAGCAAGAAUUCGAGACUGAAAGCUGUUAACCGAACCAGUACUGUACGCUUAUAUAAAAGUCCUACGUCAUCAAUCACAUCAUCUUUGCUCAUGGAUAAUCAGAACAAAGUUAGAGGAGGAAGAGUCGAUCGUAUUGGAGGUUCCGGUUCUGGAACUGGCACUAGCCCCUCCAUCCAAUCAAGCACUAGCUUAUCCAGACAUAACGCCAUCAAAACUAAAAAGGGAAGUUGGUGGUAUCGAUUACAGUUGAAAAUUCGUCAAUUUUGGACCAAGUUCAAAUUCUACAAUUUUAAAGCAUCUUCAUCGAAAAAGAGACAAGUUAGUAUACGAAGACAUAGCGGAGGUGGAUCUAGAGGAGUGUCUCAAUCUGCGAACGUAACGAAAUCUAAGUCAUUGGUUCGUAAAGUUAGAGAGAAUCCUCAAAAUCAAGAUUUGAAACGAUUGGCAUCGAUUAAAUUACCACCGGCUUACAAAUUAGAUCAUCCACAAAUGAAGACUACAAGUGGUGUCACUAGUGGUGCUGAAAGAUUGAAAAUUUCGGCACCGGUGAAUAAUCCUCAAUUGGGCAAAAUUCAGAAAGUUGAGCGAGUUGCCAUGAAUGAUGAAUUGAAACGAUAUGCUGGUGCUGGACUAUUACCCCUGUCUCCCCAACAACAACAACAGCAACAGAGACAAUACAAUAAUCAGUUGCUUACACCUGAGGAAAUUGCUGAUGAAAGUACUGGUAAAUAUACUCAUUUAUCAAAUUACAUUAACCAGCAAGAGUCAAGGUACUUGUAUCAAUCGCGAAUGAAACAACAGCAAGGUCAACUCCAAGGCGCAAGAGGAGUAGGUGAUAUGCAAUUGUUACGUAGCGGGGAUACUGAAGAGUUUCCAUCACCACAGAUUGGUACUAGUGAAAUUGAUCACCCUUCAUGGGCGACAAGUGCUACUACUUCCUCAGUUACUACUAGUCAAGCACCACCUCCUGCACCUCCACCACAUUUAGAUACAAGUUACAUGACCCAACAUCCGAGAGAAAACCACCAGCAAGAAGAAGAAAACGAAGAUGGCAAGGUGUAUGAUAAGGCAAAGAUUACCAAAUUAUGGCAAACCUAUCUAUUACGAGUCCUAUACAAUCGAAUUGCAUUACGUCAAGAAAUUAAUCAAUUUGAACAAUACUUGGUCACUAAAGAGACUAGUGAUGUGAUCAAUAUGAUUUUCGAACGCGCGAGACGUGAUGCUGAAUCGGGAGGGGAUGAUAAAUCAGCAACGACUAGAAGGAUUGAUGACCAACGCCCAUCGAAAAAUCCUUCAAUUGUGUCGUCGAAUCCUAGUAUGAAGAAUAAGGAUAUGGUAAACAGUGCUCUUCUAGUUGAUACUAAUGUCGAUGCUGCUGGUGAUGCUGCUUCUUCAUCCUCGGUCUAUUCACAAGACGACGUAAUCUCAACUACUACAUUCUCCACUACAACUAGCUCACAUAUUACAGCAAAUACAAAUGAACAUGGAGAUGUUUUGAUUGAUCCACAAGACCAAGAAUUCACCAAUACUGUACUUAAUCGAAGAUCGAUGCUUGCUGAAAUGUUAGAGUACCAUUCAUCAGAAGAAGAGCAAGAUGAUGAGGAUGAGGAUGAGGAUGAGGAUGGAAUCGAGGGGGAAGAUACAAUAUCGUAUCCUGAUUCUGUUAGUCAGUUGAGUAAGUCAGUGAUUGGAUCAGUUUUGACUCAGGGUAGUUUAAGAAGUUUACACAGUGGUGCUGGAUCAGGUGGACUAGAUGAAUUAAGACGGUACGGAACGGUAAUUAAACGACCAUCAAGGAGAAACUCAACUCGUCGUAGUGCAAAUCGAAGUGGGACUACUGAUGAUGAGCAAGUUUCGAUGCACAGUAGAGCGUUGGGAAUAAAGCGAAGUUUUGGCAUGAAUCACAGUUUAAGUGAACUAACAAGCGCUGAAGCGUAA